AUGGCUUCCCUGGGGAUGCAGAUGCUUGCCAGCGCCCUCUGCCUCCUGGGUUGGGUAGGGGUGAUCAUCAGCUGCAUUAUGCCGAUGUGGCGGGUCACGGCCUUUGUGGGCAGCACCAUCGUCACCUCACAGACCAUCUGGGAGGGCAUCUGGAUGAGCUGUGUGGUCCAGAGUACGGGCCAGAUCCAGUGUAAACCCUACGACUCCCUCUUGGCUCUUAGCGCAGACCUGCAGGCCGCCAGGGCUCUCACAGUCCUUGCCAUCGUAACAGGCGGUAUGGGACUUCUACUGGCCUUUGUCGGGGGGAAAUGCACUCGCUUCCUGGACGAGGACGGGGGCAGGGCUAAGGGUAAGGUCAGUGUGGCAGCAGGGGCAGUGUUGAUUGCCACGGGGCUGCUGUGUCUGAUUCCCGCCUCGUGGGCGGCCGGAGCGGUGGUGCAGAGGUUCUACAGCGCGUCCAUUGAUGCACAGCGCAGGGAGAUCGGAGCGUGUCUGUACAUUGGCUGGGGAGCAUCCAUCCUGCUCAUUUUGGGAGGAGGGUUGUUCAUCAGCUCAUCCUGCCCCCUUAAAGCCCACGAUGCAGACAAGAGUCCCUCGGUCCGCUACCUUGUUGUCCGCUCGAGCAACGGAUCCAGCCAGGCAGCUUCUCAGCGCAGCAGGGGGCCGCCAACAAGUUUUCAGCCCUUGAAGCCAGUGGUUGCAAGAUCGUUGAGCAAUGAGGGAGCGUCAACAAAACCCCAGCCUGGACUGGCGAGCAAAAGGCCACCUUGGGAGGAUGGGCCAGCAGUGGCUGAGUUGAACUCAAAGCAAGGGUCAGGGGGAACUGGUGGUAGCAGGACACCGUCCACAAAGUCUCAGAUGAAGAGACCCGCGUCAAGAAAUUCAGAGGAAAGUACGAGUACCACGAAAUCCCAGCUUAAAAGAGCUGCAUCCAAGGAGAGCUUACAAGAGUCAGUCAACUCUCAAGCUACUGGGGAUGCAUCCUUAAACCCAGCUAGAACAUAUAUAUAAACACACACAAACACAUAUACACACAAAAGACACAUAAUGAGACUAUGGACCAGUAGAAAAUUAAUGUUUACUUGUUUCAGGAUGAUGUAACUAUGAAAUGUUUUAGAUAUGCUUUGCAAAAUAAUGGACUGACAUUCCGCUGGAGUUUGGUUACACAUUAACUGCUGCCGGAUGAAACUUCAAAAAUGAUUUGUGAAAUUUGAAAAAAAAACAUACACAUCUUCAACGACAUCAGUCCGUCCAUGGAUAUUUCUGGAUCAACAGCUCUGCAUUUUAAAAAAAAAAUAAGAACAGAGGGAGAUGUUAUGGACGCUGCAGGUUUAGACGCUAUACGUUGAGGGAAACAUACACACUCAGCCUAUAAGAGGCCAGUCAAACCCUCCAACCUUUUCUAAAAAGAAUGAAGUCACGAUUUUUUUUCUGCAACGGCGUGGAGACAAUUGAUAUCUGUUAUUGUUAUCAACAGUGUGUAUCACCGAUUGUACAUUAACUUGCACACAGUAUGUAUAUGUUAAAACUGUAAAAAAAAAAUUUCGGCGAUUUUGUGAUUAAUUUGUAUUGUUUUUGGGUAUAGUAUGCGUAGGCAUUAAGUCGGGAAGGAGGGGGGGCUGCACCCUCCUAGUGGUGGGUGCAGCCCCCUCCCCCAGU